GUGCACAUUUUGAUCCAGACGACUUCAUUAUUAGAGGCUCUAACCCUCGACAACGAAUGCGUCUGAAGAAAAGUGCCAUCCCGAAAGCGACACAACUUUCUGAGGAAGCAGCAUGAGAAACAUGUCAAAAUCGUCAAAAUCCCAAACGGCCCUAUCACGUCUUUAAACUGACGUCAUGAGGGCGGGUUUCAGCUCGUGCAGACCGUGGAAAGGCUACUGCAAGAUCUGGAGAGGGCAUUUCAUUGAAUACAAAGAAGCAGAAGAUCGCUGACUUAAUUGAAAGCGUUUUGUAAGGCUUUUGCAACAGACAGCUUAUAAUGGGGCGAUUUUGUGCAGUUCCAAAUUGCGGGAAAAUUCGUGGCCAAACAAGUUGCCACAGACUUCCUUUCAACGACCCAGAAAGGCUAAAGUUGUGGCUGGAAUUUCUGGGGUUGGAUGUGAGCACACCUGUUGAGGAUCUGCAGAAAGCUGAUCACCGUGUCUGCGGUCUGCAUUUUACUAAUGAGGACUUCGCUGAAGGUCGAAAGAAGUCACCCAAAAAGCUCUUUCGCCUGAGAAAUACAGCGGUUCCCACAUUAAGUCCUGGGACGACAGAGUUGGAAGAACUUGGGGGUGAGGUGAGUGAUGUCCGACAGAACCUACCAGAAGGACGGAAUGCUUCCCCUCAGGAAACCUCCACUGCUGAAGAGCCUACGACAGAUUUACGACAUGUUCUCCCUUCAGGGCCCACGCUACAACGAUGUGAUACCCAGAGAGAGUCCACCACUGUACAAGGCAGGAACGGCCUAAUGGAGGAUGUCGUUGUGAAGAUUGUUUGCCUGCUAGAGCUGUUCCAGAAGUGCUUAGGGUGCUACAGUGAUGCCUGCAGUAUCACUACAGAACGCAAGGGACUUGAGUUCCACGUGGUGCAGCAGUGCUGGAGCUGUGGCAAGACCAGGAACUGGGCGAGCCAUCCUCCAGACCACCAGCCACCUGACCCAACAGUCUCUCAAGAAACACCUCAAGAGUCAGAGCCCUUACCCGAAGACGUGGAGGAGGAGGAGGAUGAAGAGGAAGAUGUGGAGGAGGAGGAUGAAGAGGAGGAAGAUGAGAAGGAGAAACGGAAGUCAAAGAGGAAAAGGAAGGACAGUGAUGAAGAGUGGGAUCCGAGUUCAGAAGAGUUCAUGGAGACGAGCAGCGAGGAUUCUGAAGGUGUUGAUGAAGGGGAGGAGCAUAUUCUCCAGGUUGCGUGGUGCUGUGACUGUGGAGAGGAGGCCAGUGCCCGCUGCUUCAAGCAGAAACACCUGCAGCUCUACUGCUGUGUUAAGUGUGGCUACAAGGUCGGUGACCAGGAGCUGGACUGCACAGACGGCCAACACACCAUCAGCCCAGAGGCCCCUACUGCUGCAGACCAAGAGAGCUCUUGUGAUGUUAGCCAAGCAGCUGAACGCGCAUGCAGCCCAGACGCCAACAGCAGUAACAAACAAACUGCUUCCAGUGAUCGUCUUGAAGAUUCAAAUAGCAUUAGCAAUCAAGGGGUCAUAAACUGUGAUGAGCUGCAUAAAACCAGAAAUGGCAACCAAGGGUUAAACAGCAGCAGCAGCUGCCACAGAGUCUGUAGCGAUACAAAACAGGGUUCUGUGAGCAGCAGCGACCACAGAGGUACCAGAAAUGAAAGCCCAGAAGACACCAGCAGUAGAAAUCAGGGCGGUAACACUGCGUCUGAAGUCGAGUCGUCUAACAGCUGCCACCAGGAAACUAGUGCAGCAAAUGAGGAGAGACGACACCCUCCAAAAUAUGCCGUCUACUUCAGUGAUCUGUACAGCCUGCAGACCCAUGUGGAAUACUCUCAUGGUCAUAAACGUGAGCUCUGUCCAGACUGUGGAAAGUUUAUCGACAGGCACGACGGCCGGACUUCGCAUGUCUGUGAUCACAAAGUGAAGCUGCUCUCGUGUCUGACUUGUGGCAAGCGUUGCGUCAAUGAGGUAGGCCUCCGUAAACACAGUCGUGUGCACACUGAAGACUAUGUGCUUCCCUGUCAAUGCUGCUACAAGAAGUUCAGGUUCCAGAAAGACAAGCGGGAGCACGAGGAGACCCACAAGGGGGAGAGCCUGAAGUACCGCUGCUCCGAGUGCCCCAAACGGUUUGCAGAUCGCUCCAGUCGAAACGCUCACAGGAAGACCCACUGGAAACAUGGCAGGUUCUUCUGCAAAGUGUGUGACAAGGGCUUCCCCGAUCCCCAUCACCUCAAGAGACAUGAGUUGGUCCAUACGGGAGUGAAGCCCUACAGCUGUAAGCUAUGCAACUGUUCCUUCAACCAACCAGGCCAUCUCAAGUCCCACAUGCGCCUCCACACAGGGGAGAGACCUUUCAAGUGCCAGGACUGUGGGCAGUGCUUCAACCACAACAUCAGCCUCAAGAACCACAUCCAGCGCAAACAUGGACCAGCAGCUGAGGUGGGGGAGGGAGGAGAUUGGGGACAAAUAGACCAUAGGAACUGGGUCUGAUGACCAAAAAGAAUAGGUGCUACAGGAUUCUAUAGGUAAAAAUAAAAUGGUCAGAAUUUGGUCAUUAUGUCUUCA